UGCUGUAGUAGCACAUGGCCUGUAUAUCGGCAAGCACCUAUUAGUACCGUACAUAUCAAUCCACUGUUGUUGUGCUGCAUGCUCUGUUUGUGUAUCGUGAGCGAACAUUUACCUGACCGAAUGCAAAUUCGUUGAAGUUGUACUCUUACUCUCAUCAUCGAUUGGAAUCCAAGAAUCUGCUUGCAUCGUUUUCUGUCUUUCAUAUGGCCUCAGACAUAGUUCUUCCAGGACAACCUAUUCCCCUACCUAAAGGUCCUGUCCCACAGAUAGGAAGGGGAAUUUACGAAAGAGAUUCUCAAAUUAGAGCAAGUCUGGUUGGUGUACCGCGUUUCGAAGGAUCUAGUCUAGUUAUAUCUCGCGUGCGACCUCAACCGCCUGCUCCAAAUUCUGUAGUCCUUGGCUCCAUCACACGGCUUUCACCACUUCAAGCGCUUUUGUCUAUCACGGUAGUAGAUGGUGUACCGUUGCCUCCAGGAGAAGAGUUCACAGGCGUCAUUCGUUCGCAAGAUGUUAGAGCAACUGAGAAGGAUAAGGUCAAGAUUGGCGAUUGCUUCAGAGGAGGGGAUGUUGUCAGAGGGAUUGUUAUAUCACUUGGCGACGCUCGCAGUUAUUUUGUCACUACGGCCAGAAAUGAUUUGGGUGUUAUCUUUGCGACGAGUGAAGCUGGUGCAACCAUGGAGCCGGUUUCCUGGCAAGAGAUGCGAUGUCCCAGAACUGGGAAGGUGGAAAAGAGAAAAUGUGCGAAACCUGAGGGAGUCCCGUAGCUGGUAUAUUGUAUCAUAUAGUAUCAAUAAAUAUCAUACGUCGUUCGUUCAAAACCAGUGCCAGAACA